GUCAACACUUCUUCUCUUCUAGCCCAUAAGAGACACUGACUCGUUGUUCGUCUCUCUAUCGCAAUCAUGGCCGUCAACUACCGACAUGGUCUCUCCAUUUUGGAAUUGAUUGUAUACUUCCCGUCACUAUUCAUCUCGUUGUACAUGGGCUUCCGCCAUGGCUUCCAGAGAAACGCUGGCUGGGUUCUCUUGAUAAUCUUCUCCUUGGCCCGCAUUGUUGGUUCGUGCUGCUAUCUGGCCACGAUAGCCCACCCUGAGACCAUCGACCUUUAUAUCGCAUGGGGAGUUUGCACUUCCAUCGGACUCGCCCCUCUGAUUUCCACUUGCAUCGGUCUCUUGUCCCGAGUUAACGAUUCCAUUCAACGAAAAAGCGGACGAGGCCUCCUUCCAGUCUUCUUCAGAUUAGUCGGUCUCCUCACACUGGCGGGUAUGGUCCUCUGUAUUGUUGGUGCAAGCAACAGCUCGAGCCUUCAGGGAAUCACGAACAGUACAGAAGCCAAAGUUGGCGACGUUCUAUACCUCGUCGCAUGGGCCUGUCUCUGUGCCCUGCUACUCGUCGUCGGAAGCAGGUAUGGAAGCAUCGAGGAUGGCGAACAUCGCUUGGUUUUGGCAAUCGGGAUCUCAGUUCCGUUGCUUCUAGUGCGCCUCAUAUACUCCCUGUUGUCUGUAUUCACGCACAACCCCACGUUCAACAUGUUGACCGGAAACGUCACUGUCUUCCUGGUCAUGGCUGUUCUGGAGGAGAUCGUGAUUGUUGUGAUCUGUCUUGGAGUCGGAAUGACUCUGGAAGUCCGUCAACGCACGACAGACUAUGAGGCCUGCGAUGCACCGGCUCAGGGAGGUCCUGAGCUCGAGUCUCAGCAGAACCCUGAGAUGAUGUCGUACAAUUCCGGAAAGCAAGAGCAGAGGAGAAAGAAGAGACGCGGUGGACCGAUUAGCCAGCUCAUUGGAUUGGCCAUCGAUGCGACCAGAUCUAGGAGGCAGUGA